GAUUUUUUUUUUUUUUUUUUUUUUAUUGAGUUCUGGUGGUCACGUUUGAUCUUCACCUCUCCGAUCUUCUGAAAGCCUUCGCUUUAUUGUUUAUCGAGGAGUGUAACUUGUACAACUUUGCGCAAAUGAUUAACUGGUUCAACAGCUUCAUGAGCUUUUAACUGAGGGUUUUUUUUUUUUUUUUUUUUUUUUUUUUUUUUGAUUUUGAUGGGGUUGGUGUUUAACGAGAUGGGUUAUCUUCUGAUUCGUGAAUGAAGUCAGUGAUCGAAACCCUAACCCUAAUUUGGAUUCUGUGGGAAAAUUGACGAAACUGUGGAUGGAAUUUCUCUAGUUCUGAUUUAUCAGUUAUGGAUUGCAAGGAGCUCAAUUUGAACGAAGAUUGUGGAGGCUGUGGUAGCGGGGUAAAGAGUGGGGGAGAUGGGUUUAUAGACAGGAGCAAAGUUAGGAUUUUGCUGUGCGAUAAUGAUUCCAAAAGUGCAGAUGAGGUUUACAAGCUUCUUUUGAAAUGUUCUUACCAAGUCAUUUCCGUGAGUUCGGCUAGACAGGUCAUUGAUGCUUUGAAUGCGGAAGGACCUGAAAUUGAUAUUAUACUCUCGGAAGUUGACCUACCAAUGGCCAAAGGUAUGAAAAUGUUGAAGUACAUCACUCGGGAUAAAGAGCUGCGACGCAUUCCUGUUAUCAUGAUGUCAACACAAGAUGAGGUCCCUAUAGUCGUUAAGUGCUUGAGGCUUGGAGCAGCUGACUAUCUUGUAAAGCCUUUACGAACAAAUGAGCUAUUAAACUUAUGGACACACAUGUGGAGAAGAAGACGCAUGCUUGGACUGGCAGAAAAGAACAUCUUGAAUUAUGAAUUUGAUAUGGUGGCAUCAGACCCAAGUGAUGCUAAUACAAAUAGUACUACUUUGUUCUCGGAUGACACGGAUGACAAGUCACGUAGGAGCACAAAUCCGGAGAUGGGAAUUGCAACACAUCAGGAAGAUGAGUCUGGUAUUGCUUCUGCACUGGUAGAGCUUCCUGCUGUUUAUUCUGUGGAACAUCAGCCAGAUGUACCUGGAAUUAGUGAGCGUCGAACAGGGCAACUUUUAUCAUGCCCUAGAAAGAGUGAACUAAAGAUCGGUGAAUCAUCUGCAUUCUUUACAUAUGUCAAAUCAAGAACUCUAAAAAACAAGGCAGUAGAUGAAGAAGACAAUGCCAAACGACUUUUGCUGGAUGAAAAUCAUCAAGAAACUGGUCAGCACCCAGUUCGUCUUCCCCAAAUACAAGAAAGUGGGGAGGCCUUGGAAACCCAUUCACAAGGAGACGAGUUCCCAAGCAGUACUAGUUUUCCUGAUUCUUUUUCUAUGGAGAAAUCUUGUACGCCACCUGCUGGCUCAGAAGUUCACAGGGAAGGAAACAUCAAUGAAGAAAAUCGCUCUCAAGUGCAUGUGCAUCCUCAAAAUGGAUCUCAACAUGAUAUGUCAGGCCUACCUGUGCAAACACAAACUGCUUAUCCGUUCUAUAUGCCAGAAGGUAUGAUGUCGGCGCAACUGUACCAAAAGAACCUGCAUGAUAUGCAAAAUCGUGCGGCAAUGAUGUCACAAUAUGGUCAAUUUCAUCAUUGUCCUCCCAAUAUAAGUGGUGUUGCAUCUUAUCCUUAUUACCCUAUGAAUAUAUGUUUACAACCUGGUCAAAUGUCAGCUUCUACCAAUACUCAUUCAUGGCCAUCUUUUGGAAAUUCAUCUUCCAAUGAAGCAAAAUCGAACAAAUUGGAUAGAAGAGAGGCUGCACUGAUUAAAUUUAGGCAGAAAAGGAAAGAGCGUUGUUUUGAUAAGAAGAUUAGGUAUGUUAAUAGGAAACGGCUUGCAGAGAGGAGGCCUCGUGUUCGAGGCCAGUUUGUUAGAAAGGUAAAUGGUGUCAAUGUAGAUCUAAAUGGACAUCCUGCAUCAGCUGAUGAUGUCGAGGAUGAAGAUGACGAUGAGGAGCAACUAUCAAGGGAUUCCUCUCAUGAAGAUGAUGUUUCAGGAUAUUAGAAGAGAUUUGCUGUCCAAGUGACAAAGGAAAUUCAUUUGAAAUGGUUCAGCGGCACUAAUGAUCCCUGGAAUACCUGAAAUUUAUGCUCCGAAUGCCUUAAAUAUCAUUACUCAGUUCCUGUAUGGAUCCGGAUGGAAUAUUUAUUGAAGAAUGCUUGUUUAUCCAGUGAAGCAAGCAAGUGUGCAUAUUUACUGUAUGCAAUCACGGCAAUGUUGGCAGGAUACCCAUUUCUGCUGUUGUAUGACACCAUUUGCUUGCACCAGGUCCUUGUAGCCUUGCGGUUACUGGUGGCUAGAAACUACUUCUCUUGAGUAAUCUUAAUCCGGUCUUGUUGCUCAUGGAUUUCCCAAGCUGGGGUCUUGAGGGCUUAAAUACAUGUGCUUCAAUACCAUCUCCCUGGUGAAACUUAAGUUGGUCGAAUCAGAUCAUCAAAAAUCUACUGCCGAGAAGAAUUGGGAUUUCGGUCGAAACGGCCAAGAGCUUACCCUAUUCUCCCGAUCCCAACUUAUGUAACUUGCAAAAGUUCUUAGCCAGAAGAUCAAUCUCAAUUUUAUCAGAACUCAUGAACUAUCUUCAAUGUAUUAUCAGAUAAGCUGAUGGAAGUGUGUUGAUAUAAAAUUAAAUGUAAAGGAAGUAGGAAUAUGAUUCUGUGCU